UCUCUUGAUUCAGCGUACAUUUGUCUACGCGUAUGGCUUUGUUCCUUCCCAUCACACCUUUAAAAGGACAUCACCUCAUCACCUGAUACACACAACAACACCUUCCACCAAUUCUCAAUCACCCUCCAUGAUGAGAAUCACAAGCCCCCAUCAUCAAGUUCUCCACCCUGCAUGAAGUUAUUCAAUUAGCUUCCUUCCUAGUCCCUUUUUAGAAAGUAACCCAAACUCAUUCAACCUUUUUUCCUUUUCCUUUUCCUUUUCCUUUUCACACCCUCAGAUAGUUUCACUCCUUCGCCUAUUUCCUCAAUGGCGCCACCAUCCGAUGACAUGCCACCAACACCCCAGGCCCAAGAGGCCAGCCAAGGCCCAAGAAACACCGUGAUAAAGUGCCCCAGAUGCGACUCCUCCAACACCAAAUUCUGCUACUACAACAACUACAGCUUGUCCCAGCCUCGGCACUUCUGCAAGACGUGCCGAAGGUACUGGACAAACGGUGGAGCCUUGCGCAACGUCCCAAUUGGAGGAGGGUGCAGAAAGAACAAAAAGCCCAAGCCCACUACCUCAUCAUCGUCAUCAUCCUCGUCCAGACUCUCCUAUGAGCCCAAGGACUUUCAAUUUCACAACCUCUCAGUUCCACCCUCCGUUGAGUUUCACGUCGGAGGCUUGUCCUAUCCUUCCAGGCUCCACCAUCACCAUCACCACCACCCUCCUCCUCCACCCACCACCAUGUUCAGCCAGUUUUCCUCCUUUGGAGACGCUUCUGGCUUCCAACUGGACCCUCCUCCUGCGGCCGCCGCGAAUCCUCUCAUGGGCCUGGCUCCACCCAGUCCCAACCUCUGGGCCCUGGGCCAGUCUCAAAGCCCAGCACUGCCUGACCCGGUGACCGGUUCGAUGCAAUCCGUUCAUGGCAACCUCGCUUCCUCCAUUGAGUCACUGAGCAACAUGAACCAGGACAUGCACAUGAAGAUGCAGCAGCAGCGUUUCGCGGCCAUGAUGUUCGGUGGGGACAGCGGCAGCGGCAGCAGCAGCCAAAAGAGUUACGGCGGCGGCGGCGGCAGCGGCGUUUCGCAUUCGCAAACCGUUGGUGGUUUUGACAUUCAGAAACCGCAACCGAUUCUGUUCCAGAACCUCGAAAUCUCGAAGCCACAGAAUCUGCCAGGUGGCGGUUCCGGGAAAGGAGGCGCGGCUUCGGAGACAGUGCCCCUUAUACCCACCGAAUGGUUCUUUGAUAACCCCUUUUCCUCAGUGAACCCUGCAACAGCUUCAGCCAAUGGUGGAAACGUUAACAAUGGGAACCAGAAUGACUUCAACAACUGGGGUGGUGUUCAUGCUUGGGGGAAUUUCAAUGGUUUGCCCUAGAUAUGACUCAAAGAGAUAGAGGUAGCUAGAGAAGGAAGGCAAAAGGAAUAAAUUAUAAUUAAUAGUUAAUAGUUAAUAAUUAAUAGUUAAUAGUUAAUUAUAGUUAUGACAAAUGUAUAAUUGUCUAAAACUCCUUAUAGGUUAAGAAAAAUCUUAUAGGCCUAUGUUAAUUAGGUAGCUUCUAGUUUAUGUUUAUGUCCAAAUCAUCAUCAUAUAUAUGUAACAGA